GUCAAUAUCGUAUUUCAUUUAAAUUUAAUAAUUAUAUGAUAAUUAAUAGUGUCUUUAUAUAAUUAGAAGUAUUAAAUAUGGAAAAUGUAAAAUUAGCAAAUGCUUACGAAAUAUUAUCAACAGAAGCAAGAGAACUAUUUCUUGGCUCACAAGUAUCAGAAGUAUAUCAUACACCGAAAUCUUUAGAAUUUUAUAGAAAUUAUGUAUCAAAAAAUAUUCCUGUCGUAUUCAGAAAUAUUAAUCAGAAUUGGUAUGCCGUUCAACAUUGGAAUUCGGAUUAUAUGAGUGAAAAAAUAGGUGAUAAAAUUGUAACCGUAGCCGUAACUCCAAAUGGAUAUGCAGACGGCUUAACUUCUCAUUCCGAUGUAAAAUGUAAAGAUUUUGAAGAUCUUGAAUACUUUGUGAUGCCUGAAGAAAGAGAAAUGCGUAUGCAGGAAUUUUUAGAAUCUCUAAAUAACAAAAAUAGAAGCAAAAUUCAAACCUGACUCUGGAUUUACCUGAGCUUUCUAAAGACGUACCUGCAGAAAUUUCUUGGGCCAGUGAAACUUUUGAUAAAGUACCGGACGCUGUAAAUUUUUGGAUGGGGGAUAGCAGAGCUAUUA